AUGGAGCUGUUUCAUUUCAACUUCACUGUCUUGCUUCUGUUGCUUCUCUUUUUGGAGAUUUUCUUGAUCAUCUGCGAUGCUGCUGGCCGAUGCCUUGAAGAAGAGAACUCAACACUUCUGCAGCUAAAGAGAGGUUUUAUGAUUGGAGAUUUAGAGACAUGGCAGCCAGGAACAGACUGUUGCAUCUGGGAGGGCGUGACAUGUGAUGAAUAUGGAAGGAUCAUUGUCCUCAACCUAAGGUUUCGAUUCAUCAUCGGUACAAUCGAUCCUAGCCUAUUCAAUCUCACAUCAUUAGACACUCUCAAUCUUGCCUACAAUAAUUUUGAUGGAAUUGCUAUUCCGGACCAAGGGUGGGAUAGGCUUGUUAAUCUUUCAAGCCUUGAUCUUUCUUAUGCUGGAUUUGUUGGGAAGGUUCCUACUAGUAUCUCUCGCUUGAAAAAAUUGAAUUUCCUCGACCUCUCUUGCACUUUAAAGAAUUCUCUAGCUAUUAAUCCGAUGAUUUUACAAAAUAUGAGCAGUCUAAAGGAGCUUCAUCUUGACAAUGUAAAUGUCUCAUCAUAUCGGUAUGAAUGGUGUGGUGUUCUGGUCAAUUCCACCCCUGUACUUGAGGUGUUGAGCAUGAAUAGAUGCUCCCUCUUCGGUACCAUUUGUUCCUCUCUACCCAUGCUCCAUUUUUUAUCCUUUAUCGAUUUUGGACAUAAUAAUUUAGACUCUAAUAUCCCUGAUUCAUUUGCCAAUUUUUCAUCCUUAUCUAAACUUUUCCUACAAGGUAACAAUUUCAAAGGGUUUUUUCCUACGAAAAUCUUUAAACUGAGAAAUUUGAAAGUUCUUGACAUCUCAUAUAAUCCAUUGCUUUCCGUUCAUUUUCUUGAUUUUCCAGAGUAUAGUAAUUUAAAUUCUUUGUCAACUUCUAAUACCAAUUUCUCAGGCAAUUUACCUGAUGCAAUAGGCAAGUUCAAGUUUUUAGCAUAUUUAGACCUCUCAUGUUGUCAAUUCUAUGGUACAAUUCCAGCUUCGAUUUGGAAUCUAUUAGGGCUAAUGUUCUUGGAUUUAUCACAUAACAAUUUCAAUGGAGUUGUGGGGUUUGAGUUCCCCUCCAAUACCAUUUCACAAUCUCAUUUAUUUUGGCUUUCUCUUGCAAAUAAUAACCUUAUUGGAGAAAUCGCACCAUUCAUAUGCAGCUUAACCAGACUCAAGAUGCUUGAUUUAUCUAAAAACAAGCUAAAUGGUACUAUUCCAUCAUGUUUGCUAGAAGAUGGAAUUGAUCUUCGUGUGUUAAAUCUUGAAGGAAAUCAACUUCAUGGAGCCAUACCUCAUGGAAUUAGUCAAAAAUGUAAGCUGAAAAUAAUAAAUAUGAGAGAUAACCAAUUAGAGGGAUUGCUUCCCAGCGAUGCAUCUGUCCGAUGCCUUGAAGAAGAGAACUCAGCAAUUCUGCAGCUAAAGAAAGGUUUUAUAACUGGAAAUUUAGAGACAUGGCAGCCAGGAACGGACUGCUGCAUCUGGGAGGGCGUGACAUGUGAUGAAAAUGGAAGGAUCAUUGUGCUCAACCUAAGGUUUCGAUUCAUCAUCGGUACAAUCGAUCCUAGCCUAUUCAAUCUCACAUCAUUAGACACUCUCAGUCUUGCCUACAAUAAGUUUGAUGGAAUUGCUAUUCCGGACCAUGGGUGGGAUAGGCUUGUAAAUCUUUCAAGCCUUGAUCUUUCUUAUGCAGGAUUUGUUGGAAAGUCUAAAGGAACUUCUUCUUGA